UACUAAUAAAGACAGAUGCUUCGGCUUGCGUAUGGUCUCCGCCGCCGCUUCUUCUUUGUCGUCCCGCUUUGGAAUCCGGUGUCGGUGUUGACGGCGAACCCUUCCUCCCGCUCUUCCUCUCCUCUGCGCCUCCUCGUCGCCGCUGUUGCUUCUCUCUGUGCCGUCUCCAGUCGCCUUCCCUCCUCCUCUUCUUCUCUCUUCGUUGGUCGCUGGCCCCAAACCCAUCACUUCCUCGGACGAAUGGAGAGGCUUUGGACUAGUGGAUCACUUGGUAGAAACAAAGAACUUGUAGAACGUUUGCAGCUGUAUGGAAUAAUCAAGUCAAAGAAAGUGGCAGAAGUAAUGGAGGCAAUUGACAGGGGGUUAUUUGUACCUCCUGGCAGCGCACCUUAUGUUGAUACCCCUAUUCUGAUAGGUUAUAAUGCAACUAUUUCUGCACCUCAUAUGCAUGCAGCUUGUCUAGAGCUACUGAGGGAGCAUCUGCAGCCAGGAAUGAGAGCUUUGGAUGUUGGUUCAGGGACUGGCUACUUAACAGCAUGCUUUGCAAUGAUGCUUGGACCAGAAGGUCGUGCUCUAGGGGUUGAACACAUUGCUGAGCUAGUUGAUUUCUCAAUCAACAACAUUAAGAAUAGCGCAGCAUCAUCAUUUCUGAAAGAAGGCUCACUGUCUAUGCAUAUUGCUGAUGGAAGAGAGGGAUGGCCAGAUCUGGCACCCUAUGAUGCCAUUCAUGUUGGUGCUGCUGCACCUGAGAUUCCUCAGCCACUGAUUGACCAGUUGAAGCCAGGUGGCCGACUGGUGAUCCCAGUAGGAACGGUUUUCCAGGAUUUGCAGGUGAUCGACAAGAAGAUGGAUGGCUCAGUGAGCAUUCGAAGCGAGACAUCAGUACGCUAUGUUCCGCUGACUAGUAAAGCAGCUCAGUUGCAUAGCAACUAAUGAAGUUAUGAUUUUGAUGAAAGUAUCCUGAUGACGAGCUAACCAUGUAGCUCAGAAGCAUUUGUGAGACUUGGUCAAAAUCAAAAGGAAUAUACGGCAAGACAAGCUGAAUAAAUUUGUGUAUGGGCAUUCUUCAGAUUGUGCUUCUCCGAUUAGAUAUCUGUUGUGUUUUUUCUCCAUAAAUAGAAAUGGCUUCUUGUUUAUAUACUGGAUGCCUAUAAUUACUCUUAUAAAGUGGCAUUUGGUGUA